AUGCGUGCCUACGCGUUCGUGGAGAUCGAACUGCCUCAUGAAGAACGGCUCUAUGAGAUCAAGCAGGAGAAAGCAGUGGAGGUGAACCAGACGAUGAACUACAUGGCCAACCUCUUCUGGUUCUACGUCGACAAGAACUGGACUCUGGAUUCGUUCAACGCCACGGUUUACAAAGACCUCAAGAAGCUGGAAUCGUUCAUCAUAUCGGCAGUUCAGAAUUACAACUACGAUGGAACAGUCAUGAACUGGGACUAUUCCUGGACCUUCCCCAACUCUCUGCUCUUGACUAUGACCAUCAUGUCGACCAUUGGAUACGGCCACAUCUCGCCCGUAACAUCCUGGGGUCAGUUGUUCUGCAUCAUCUACGCCAUCAUCGGCUGUCCACUGCUUCUCGUAUUCUUAGGGAAUCUCGGUAACUCAAUGGCGGAGUCUUUUACUUAUAUUUACAGUCGCUGCUGCUGUCGAUGGUGCCGAAGCGUCCGCAACUUAUCCGAAUUGCCUCCCAGAGCGAGCAAGAAACAACGAAAGCUCUUGAUUGACGACGAAGUGGGAAAGGAAGAGUACAUGCCGACGGAACAUGUGGACGUGCCCAUCACCCUGACCCUGGUGGUGCUCUACGUGUACAUCAUGCUGGGCGCCGUCCUCUUCUCCGUGUGGGAGAACUGGGACCUCGGCUCCUCCUCCUACUUCACCUUCGUCACCCUCUCCACCAUCGGCUACGGGGACAUGGUGCCCGGCACGGCGCUGCUGAGCAACGAAGACCCCGGGACAGCGGGGCUCAAGAUGGCCGUCUGCAUCGCCUACAUCUUGCUAGGCAUGGCGCUGCUGUCCAUGUGCCUCAACCUGAUGCAGGAGCAGAUCGUCGAGAAGUGCCGCUGGCUGGCCCGGGAGAUCGGCCUGACCGGGAAGAACACCGUGGAGGAGGCCAAGGGAACGGACAAGAAGGCCCUCGACCUCCCCGCCGGCGACAAGAAGAAACCGAAGGACUCGAAGGACGUCGAGAAGGCUCCCCCGAAGGACGUCGAGAAGGCUCCCCCGAAGGACGUCGAGAAGGCUCCCCCGAAGGACGUAGAGAAGGCCCCCUCGAUGGACACCCUCUCCGUGCCGAGCUCUGCAGGAUCCAGGACUUCCCUCUUGAAGUCCCCAACGCAUUCCAUCCCCGGCGCCUUGGAAGACUUGUAAACGACGACUGGGCAGCGAAGACGAUUCAGGACUGAUCUUUUCUUUUUUCUUCUUAAAAAAAAAAUCUCAUAAUCUUUUCUUUUUCCUU